CAUAUCGUAAAGAGGGCUGCAUGACAAUUCACAUAGGCUAAAUUUUCGUGAGGGGAAGUCAGAAAUCAUCCCAGUUCUGUUUCUCAUAAAUGUAUUAGUAAAUGAGAAUGUAUGAGUACAAAUAUUAAAAAGUAAAUUUAUAUUUUUAAAGUCUCUCUUAAUUUGUGAUGUAUUUAUUUAUUUAUUGUGACAUUUAGUUUUGGACCCUGACACCUUCCACACUGAUCAAUCUGGUCUAUCAUAUUACAGCAGCAGCCAUAAUUUUACUCUUCAUUUUCUGUCUCGCUUUCCUUUCCUUGCUAUCCAAUCUUGAUGACAAAUACAACACAUUUAGAUAAAACACCCUGAUUAAUCGGUUGUUUGGGUUUUGUUUUUGUUUAUUUUUGGCGUGUGUGGUGAUGCUGUGGCUUCAUUUGACAGUUCCAGGCUUCUGAUCCAGUUUCACACAGCAGGUUUUCCAAAGAGUAGAAGAAGAAGAGGAAGCGACAAGGAGCUGCUGCAGCUAACAGCUCCCCCUGGUGGCCCAACACAAGCAAGACACGACUGAGACAUCACCCACAGGCGCUGCUGGCUAGGUCUUCCUCACCACGUUAUAUACUAUUCUACUUUGCAAGUCUGCCUUUUUCAGACACAGCCAAAAAAGGAGAGCGGACAGCGGACAGCUCCACCCGUGGACAGGUCACCAAAAAAAAUGACAUGACCGGGCUCGCUCCUGGCUCCACCCUCCGUUAGUCAGCCAGUCUACUACGUGUUAAGACUGGUGCCUUUAACUUACAAGCAUCUCGGGGAGAGGAGGAGACACGGAGGACUUUCCCCCCUCCCGGCUCUUAUCUGGAGGAAUAACGCCGCUACACAACCCAAAGGAAGUCCGUCAACUUACAAAAAAGUCCAACCGGCAUCAGAAGAAAAAAAAAACAAAAAACCCCAUCCCGUCAGCGCUGGCUUCAUCUCCGCUCUCCGCCUGGGAUUAAGUUCUGGAUGGAAACAAGUGAUAUUUGAACCCGCAGAGAGGAGGUGGGUGUCGGGUACAGCCCUGUUGUGUUUUCUGCUCUUGUUCUUUUUAUGCACGGAUCUUUGACACGAGCCUGUUUGCUUCUGACUAAAGUGGCAGAGAGAGAGAGAGAAAAAGCAAACAAACAUCCCAGCUGUUGCUGUUGCGUGAUCUAAACCCUGUUCAAGUUUGAGACUGAUCUGAAAGCUCUGAUCCGGGAGGGAAAGGCAGUCCUUGGGGCAGACUUUGCAGUGAAAGACACAGCAACGUAAAGAAGUGACAGAGGUCCUGAAGUUAUGGCGUUAAAGGCCAGAGUGCUGUACGACUUCAGCUCUGAAAACCCAGGAGAGAUCUCCAUAACAGAGAAUGAGCUGGUGACUCUGUUCAGCGAGGAGGAGCUGGAGGGCUGGCUGGAGGGGGAGAACAGCAGGGGGGAGGCCGGCCUCUUCCCUGCCUCCUAUGUGGAGAUCAUCAGGGAACACAUCACCUCCAACACCAACAACAACGGCUUCUCCUCACCCAAAGCCAAAGCCCAGACGCCCACCCACACCUCCUACACGUCCAGUGGCAGCGGCGGAGGCAGCUUCCACACCAGCCAGGGCAGCGACGACGACUGGGACGACGACUGGGACGACAGCUCCCCUGCGACCAACGCGCCCCAGGGUCUGGGCACCACGCCCCCCUUGUACCCGGUGACCUCCUCCCUGCCGGGGAGGCGCGAGAGCGCCCAGAGUCAUCAGCAGCAAGCCAAGAGCUCGGCGACAGUGGGGAGGAACCUCAACAGGUUCUCCACCUUCGUCAAGUCCGGAGGGGAGGCCUUCCUGCUCGGGGAGGCCUCUGCUUUCGUGAAGGACGGAGACAAGAUCUGCGUGGUGAUGGGGAAGCACGGGCCAGAGUGGCAGGAGGACCCGUACCCGUUCACGUGCACCAUCGACGACCCCACCAAGCAGACCAAGUUCAAGGGCAUGAAGAGCUACAUGUCCUACGGCCUGACCCCGACGCACACCAACGUACAAGUCAACCGCAGGUAUAAACACUUCGACUGGCUGUACGCCCGGCUCGUGGAGCGCUUCCCCGUCAUCUCAGUGCCCCACCUGCCAGAGAAACAGGCCACUGGACGCUUCGAGGAGGACUUCAUUUCCAAGCGCAGGAAGGGACUGAUCUGGUGGAUGAACCACAUGAUCAGCCACCCGGUGCUGGCACGCUGCGACGUCUUCCAGCACUUCCUGACGUGCGGCGCGGAUGAGAAGGCAUGGAAACAGGGCAAGAGGAAGGCGGAGAGGGACGAGCUGGUCGGGGCCAAUUUCUUCCUCACAAUCAGCACGCCCUCUGUCCCGCUGGACCUCCACGAAGUGGAGAGCAAGAUCGAAGGUUUCAAGAGCUUCACCAAGAGGAUGGACGAGAACAGCGUGGUCGUCAACACCACCAUCAACGAGUUCGCUCGCAAACAGGCGGUCGGGUUCAAGAAGGAGUACCAGAAGGUCGGACAGGCCUUCAAACUGCUGGCGCAGGCGUUCGAGCUGGACCAGCAGGCCUACUCAGUGGGCCUGAACAAAGCCAUCUCCGACACCGGCGAGGCCUACGAGGCCAUUGGAGAGUAUUUUGCUGAGCAGCCGCGUCAGGACCUGGAUCCUAUUUCUGACCUGCUGGACCUCUACAGAGGACAUCUGGCCAAUUUCCCUGACAUCAUCCAUGUGCAGAAAGGUGCGCUGACCAAGGUGAAAGACUGUCCAAAGCAGGAGGGGGAUCUCCACGACCGCUGCAACAUCAUUUCCUGCGCCACCCUGGCGGAGAUCCAGCACUUCCACCGCACGCGCGUACGGGACUUCCGCUCGCAGAUGCAGCACCAUCUCCGUCAGCAGAUCGGCUUCUUCCAGAAGAUCACCGCCAAGCUGGAGGACGUACUUCAGAGGUACGACGAUGACCAGUGAGGAGGAGGGGGGAGGAGACGGAGGAGUGGGAUUAUAAAGGCCUUGACGAAAUGGAGGGCUUCUUGUCGUCCUUUUAGAGAGAGAACUAUUUUAUGGAUCCUGGGCCUGGUACAAGUGUUUGAGGAAAUACACCACUCUUAAAAUAUAUAGGUCACCGGACUGUGGCGUGACGACUCCUUGGAUUAUCUGGACCGCUCUGAUGAAUGUACCAGCAGCAGGGAUUUUGCUGACGCCCCAGGCACAUCUUGCAACUCAGCGCAACUGUGGCGAUAUUAAAAACAGCUGCGCUCGACAUGACGGGGGCCGCCUCUCGAUUCCCGGUUUCAGGCUCACGUGAUCUCUCCGUGCCUCCUCUGCCUCACCACUUCAAGGAAGCCCUCCAUCCGGGAACACGGUCAACUCGACAUACACGUAGAGAUGAACCCUCCCCAAAAUCACUUAAACUGGAUGUUUUAAUGAUUGAAAAGACAGGACUUCUAGAAUUUAAUGUUUUAUGUUCUCUCUCCAUAUGUCUGUUUUUACUUGAAUGACCUGUUCAGUAUUGUUUUUCAAUGGAACAUGACAGCAUGCAAGAGACUGUUGAUGGGAAGUGGGCAUGAUCUACUCUGUUGAAUCAACUAAGUAGUUUCAUUACAGCUUAAAAUUUGAACUACUUCUUCUGAUGCCUGACAUCUCUCACAGCUCAGACGCUGUCACGUCUUCACCCUGUUAUAAUUUGGAGCCUUUGCAUUACGCUUUAUGUGUUGCCAGACCUUAAAUAAGAGUUGAUUUCAGACUCAGAUUUUUUUUUUUCAUGGACUCAGCUUGUUUUGAGGUCAGGGGUUUAGGGUACAAACAUUCCAACGCGUAGCAUUGCAUUGGAUGCUUCUUGGCUUCAAGAUGCGAACCCAGAUUUUCCUCUGAUGUGAUCAUAGCAUAUUUAAAAUUCUUUUGUUUGUUUUUUUGCAAAAAAAGUUCGACAAUCUUGAUAUGGGCGUUUCUCAAACCACACCCUGCACCCUCUCCAUACACUGUUCCCAUUCCAUUGCUGCGUCUGGGUGGCAGGUCCGCCACACUAGGUGCCGCCCCACACCACGUAGCCUGGAGUGGAAGCGGGUUAUAAAACCUUCCAACAAUGAGUGUACACGCUGCUGACUUACGGACCAUGUGCAAUGCCGCGUUGUGUUUCUCUGCGGAAGAUGCUCUGUAAAAUUAAUAACAAAGUGAAAAUCGCUACAGAUUGUCACAUAGAGCCCUGUUUAAGAAUCAGGCAGCUUAUAAACGGAGUGAAAAACUGGAAGACGUUUACAAGAAGAAAAUGGCGCUUCCAAAAGAUGCUAAUAGGAAACAGUUUUCUCUCUGCCACAAAGCUUGCCACUGCCCUACAUCUUAGUGAGGGGUGAUUCAUUAUGGAUUGGGAGCGGGGAGGAACCGGUUUGAGGGAAGCCCAGUGUGCUGUCCUUUUUGAUCCUACCACUGGAGGGCGCUGAAGUUAGAAUUUCUUGAAUUCUACAUAUAGUGGCUUUAAGGAGGGUUGAUUUUCUCAGUAUGCUAACCAGCUACUUUAAAAAUGUUCUUGUUAAACCAGUAAGUGACCAAAAUAAACUCAUGUUUGUUGAUGCUGGGAUAGAAAAUCUUUGUUUUUUUGAAGUUGGCAUCCUGGGGCACAGACAGACUGUAUCUCUGACUUUCUAAAGACAUCCUGUAUUGAUUUAACCAGAAACACAACAUUUCAAUACAGUGCUUUUGUUUCUUAACCCUUCUAAAAUCAUUAAAUAAAUGAAAGUAGAAUUUAUUUCUGUCAUAUAUCUGCAUUGGUGUCUGUUUCUUUAAAUGUAACUUAUAGUUUCAUUUGACACGUUUCCAUUAGCGUUUUGAUGAAUGCAAAUGUUUUAAUUAUAUUUAAGAUAUAUAUUCAUUUCAGUGUUUGUGUUUGAGUUGUCACAUGUGAGCGCCAACACUUUUUAUUAAGAUCAGAGAGGAGCCAAAGUCAGCCACCUUAAUCAGCUGCUUCUGUCAUUAAACAAAAUGCUAAACCACAAA